GCUGAGAUGGUCGAUAAGUUACCUUCACGCUGAGUUCACUUCGCCCACUCACUCUUGACAACUUUAUUGGUUGAAAACACUGGCGUUAGGAUGAUUUUACGUGGCUGACCGCGACUUUACGUGAAGGAGCAGAGAGCAAGUUUAAAUUGAGGGAGUAGCCUACUCUUGAGCAUAAAGUGACAGUUCAUGUGUUGAAGUUAGGACGGCUCGACAUGGACGAGCGGGACACCGCAGGUAUCCUAUCCGGAGAUGUGCUCAGCGCCACUUCCACCGAGGAAGAACUUUCCACGUAUGGCUCAUGCGGACUCCAAGAUGAGGCUGCUGCCUCGACCACCCGCUCCUGGCGACCACCGUUUGCAUGCCCGCUGCCGCUGACUGUAGAGCCGGUGAUGUUCCUCUCCAUGUUUUCAAUUGCCCUGCAGUCCCCAUUGGCCACUCAGUAUGUGUGGGACCGAGUCAGCGAUGAUGUCGGUUACAAUGGCUCCAGGAGGUUGAGCUGCAACAACUCCUUGACCCCGGACCCCCUUCAAGAGCAAGUACAAACCUUGACAGCCCACUGGAACCUGUACAUCAGCCUUGGGGGCUUUUCUGUAGGCAUACUGGUGGUGCCUCUCCUAGGAUCUUGGAGUGACCUUGCAGGUCGUAGACGUGUCCUCAUCAUCCCUAACCUAGGCAUGGCCGUCCAAGCGGCGGUUUACCUUGUAGCCAUGUACCUGAAGCUACCGCUGAUCUGGUUUCUUAUCGGCAGACUGCUUAGUGGGCUCACAGGGGAAUUCAAUGCCGUCGUGGCUGCCUGCUUCUGUUAUGUUGCGGACAUCAGUGACAAAAAAUCCCUCACCCUCAGGGUGGCAGUCUUGGAGGCUUGUCUGGGCCUUGCAGGGAUACUAGCCAGCGUUGUAGGUGGGCAGUGGCGAAAGGCUCAAGGGUACAUCAACCCGUUCUGGCUGGUCCUAGCCACUAACUUGGCCACGGCUCUGUAUGUUUACCUGUUUGUCCGUGAGUCUGUCCCGCUAGACCCAAAUGCCAAGCUCCUAACCUACCGCCAUCAUAAAACCGUCUGGCAACUCUUUUCGACAGGAGGCACCAGCGGUCAGACAAAGGGAAGCUUUCACAGAUACAGGCUGUGGCUGUACAUGCUGAGCUUCUUCCUGGUGGUGACCAUACACUUUGGCAGUAGGGACUUGUAUGUGCUGUAUGAGCUGAGCUCACCGCUGUGCUGGGGCUCUGCCCUGAUUGGCUACGGAGCGGCAGCUCAGCAGAUGGCCUACCUCACCAGUCUGAUGGGGCUGAAGCUCAUGCAGCACUGCCUGAAGGACUCCUGGGUGGCUGUCGUGGGUCUGGUCUCUAACAUCUCUGGCCUGCUGGUUCUCUCUGUGGCUGACACCACCCAGCUCAUGUUCACAGGUUAUGCUCUGUUGUUCCUCUUCAUGGCUCCGUUGCCCGUGCUCAGGUCAAAGCUGUCUAAACUGGUGGCCCAAUCAGAACAAGGCGCCCUGUUUGCAACUGUUGCCUGUUUGGAUAGCUUCUGUUUUCUUGUGGGCAGUGGCCUCUUCAACUCACUCUAUCCACUCACGCUGAAUUUCAUGAAGGGUUUCCUUUUCCUCUGUGCUGCCAUUCUCCUCUUCGUCCCCGCUGGGAUAAUUGGUUUCAUGCAGUGUUUCGACUCCAAGAAAGGCCGCAGAGACUCCUUGGUGUCCUGACCUGAAGAGAGAGAGCGAGAGAGAGAGAGAGAGAGGGCAAGAACCUGUCAGAGAGUUAAAGGUGAGGUGAGUAGCUCUGACACACAUGACCUGAUGUGUUUGGAGAGACUUUUGAUCUUGACACAGUGACGGAGCAGCUGACUGCUAUCGGGAUUCUUCUUCUUAGUCACAGGAAGGUGAUCAAGACCCAACCAAGAAUGAACCUACAGUACACAAACUCCUCUGCCAUUACGAUGAAAUAGUGGAGAAUGGGGCCUUUCUAAAUCAUUCAUUAUCCUAAAAAACAAACCAUUGUGUUCAGAUAUUUCAUCAAGACAUUUAUUGAUGUUCGAGACUCAAAACGAUUUACACUUGACUGAAUAAGCUUAACAGAAGGUGUUACAGAAAGCAUAUCAAACCAUAUGUGUGCUAUGUAAUGUAUUUAAAUGAUCUAUAGUAACAUAUCAGUCACCUGACACAGGUGUGCUUCCCUGAAAACAAGCACUGCCUAAAGAAGGCAGUUUUUAAUGACAAAAGGGCAAUACGCAUGUUGGAAAUAAUCACCUUUAUUGCUAGCCCACUGUUAUACUGAUGUUUAUUAGUCUUGAGUGUUUUACUCAACAAGUAUUCUGACUUUUUUGUUUGUUUUGAUUUUGUAUGUUUUUAUGUCUAAACAUUCUUUUCCAAAAUGUUUCUUGUAAGCUCCGAGAAUAUAAUGUGUAGAAUAGUUCAUUACUUGAAUCAGGUCAUUCUCACUGAUGACUAGCAUAUUUUUAUGUACUUUUACUAAAUGUUUAAUGUAGACGUUUUAAUCUGUGGUACUUCCACUUUUGCUGAAUUAAAAUCGGUGUACUUUAAGGCCAAGUACCUUAGAUUCAUGGUAUCGCCUUAUAAAGAUAAAUCAUCUGUGCCAAACAUGUUAAAACAGAGUCAUCGGUAAUACACAGCAGUGAGGGGAAAUGUCGCCCUCUCUCUCUAUGAAGCUGAGAGCACGGUCCAAACUCGUUGAAUAGCCCCCCUCCCCUCCCUCCCCUCCUGUCCACUCGCCAUAAACAACACUGGAUAGUCCCAGAGCACAGCCCCACACGGCCAACAUGCACACAGGGGUCAGGUCCUGGUGGCACAGUGAGGGAACAGGAGCUGCCAAAUCAGUUUCAAAAUGCACGAGGGGGGUCUAAAGGUUAAGUGAAUUGAUCUGCAUGCAGAUUGUUUUAGACUCUGUGCGACAGUUCAAUUGGUUAAUCUGGUCAAAGCCAUUGUGCAGACGGAUAAAAAAAGCUUGUUAUUCCUUCAUCCUAAUCAGGUGUGCAAUAUUUAUGUGUUGCAUUGUUAUUUAUUGAAAAAUAAACGCUUAAUUUUAAAUGUUUGUGAUAAAGAUAUUGGUUAAAUUUGGUUUCUGUUCAUAUGUCAGACACUUUAAUGAAGUAAAAAUAAAAGAUUUGACCUUCA